AUGUCUAUCUCAUUUCAUUUGGAGCAGCAGACGUUAGACGAGACCUCACAAUCACUGGAUAACAAUGUAAAUGCAACAGAAACAAGCCAAAGUGAAGCAAAUAAAGCGUCAGUACAGCCGCCGCCAUCGAAUGAAUUGGAAAAUGUAAACAUUUUUGAGCAGCUACCAUCGCAACCUGCACCAACGCCUACACCAUUGGCGAGUGCAUCGCUUUUCAUGAAAAUUAGAUUGAGAGAGUCUGAUGACUUACUAUUGUUCGAAAACAAUAGUUAUACGAUGCUUCGCGACACAACAACACCAACAUCAACAGUGGCUGCAUCAGAAAGCGUCAAUAAUGCACAAGAGAAUGCCGAUGACAAACGGGACGCUCAACUCAUGUUGAUGGACAAAGAAAAACACCGAAAAACAAACAACGUGGAAACACAAACAGUUGAUGCACACUAUAAAACACGUGCCAUCAACACAAAUCACAUUGAAAAAUCAAUGGCCGGAACAUUUGUAUCGAAUUACGAUAUGCAUGAUACGUAUACGAAUUUAGAGCAUACAACCGAAUGCAUUCAAAUCGACUAUGACGAUCGACACGAGCAAUUAGAUAUAACCACAUAUACUAGAGAUGGCUGCGACGAUUUAAGUCAAGAGCUCGAAACGAGCAAAUCAUUUCAAUUGUCAUCAAUGAUAUUGCAACGAGUUUUAGCUGGUAAUAUAUAUCAUGAGUAUCAGCGACGAUUUCGAAAUAUGCACACACCAACAUCAUUGGAACCAGUUGUGAAUUAUUUGUAUCGCUUGCAAUUCCUCUAUCGUUACAAAUAUCAUGAAACAUCUGGCAACGCUGUAUCGUGCAUGUCAUGGUGCCCGAGAAACACCGACAUUCUAGCUAUUGGAUACGGUGUAUUCAAAUUUUCACCAUGUAAAGAACGUGAACGCAGUGCUGUUUGUUUAUGGAAUAUUAAAAAUCCAGUGAAUCCGGAACGAUGUUUCAAGUAUACCGUACCCGUUACAGCCGUUUCAUUCUCGCAUGAAAAUUCACAGUUGUUGGCGAUCGGUUUUUAUGAUGGUAGCAUUCGUAUCAUUGAUAUAACAAUGAAUGAUGCAUCCAAUUUGGUGGCGAUUAGUGAACGAAAAACGUCACCACCGAUCGAACCAGUUUGGCAAAUGAAAUGGAUCAAAUUUCGAAACUCUGACGAAGAACUUCUGACCAUUUCACAAGAUGGUUUUGUCAUGUUGUACACAUUAACGAGCAAUACAUCCCUGAUUGGAUCUCGUCAAAUGCAGAUUUUCUUAAAUGAAACCAAAACUAUUCACAUCCCAGCCAAUAGAUUUGCACCGUUGCUAACUAUUGAGAUGCAUCCAAUUAAAUCGAAUGUGUAUUUUGUUGGAACGGGUGAGGGUAUCAUUCAUGAAUGUUCCAUCUAUGAUUCGUUUCAACAUAAAAGCUUCAAGCAUGUUCAUAAACAUGGCAUUUAUUCAAUGGAAUUUUCACCAUGGAGCCCGAAAAUUUUUUUAACCUGUGGAUUUGAUUGGUAUGUUCGUAUCUGGAUUGAAGAUAUUGAAGAGCCAAUUAUUGAAUUACGAAGCGGCUUCGAGCCCAUCAAAUGUGCAUCAUGGUCACCGGCAAAUUCAACGAUAAUUGCUUGUACAACCGCAUCUUCGCUAAAUAUUUGGGAUAUAAAAACAAAUUGUCUUUUACCGGCGGCAAUACAUCGCCUCAAUCAAUGUUUUGGUGACACAAAUAGCAACAACAAUACCACCACCACAACAGCCUUUACUACCGCCAAUGCUAGCAACAACAGUAGCAGCAACAUCAAUAGCACAAACACCGGAUCUGAAUUGACGAUUUGCUAUUUUACGAACUGUGGCCAAUCUAUUGUGGUGGGUACCGAUGAUGGGACAGCGUUUGUAUUUGCACUUGAAGACAUGCCAUUUUCACCACAUCUUCAAUAUGAUGCAUUAGAAGAAGCUAUUAUACGAAGUUUAGUAUCGAAACCGGAACUUAAGCGUAAAAUAAAACAAUUAGGUUUUUUAGGCUAUUAA